CUUUGUAAGGCUAUUGACAGCACUCCAAAGUGCUGCAGAUGUCACAAUCGCAGAAGUACUGGAAAUGUAACGAGAUCAGUGGGCUUGGAGUUUUGGAUUUCAAUGAUCCCUUCAGUACUGAAGUUAAGCCAAGAAUCCUGCUCAUGGGAUUGAGAAGAAGUGGGAAGUCUUCCAUUCAGAAAGUUGUCUUUCACAAAAUGUCGCCAAAUGAGACUCUCUUCUUGGAGAGCACAAACAAGAUCUGCAGAGAGGAUGUUUCCAACAGCUCCUUUGUCAACUUUCAGAUAUGGGAUUUUCCGGGGCAGAUUGACUUCUUUGACCCUACGUUUGACUAUGAGAUGAUUUUCAGAGGCACUGGAGCACUGAUAUUUGUUAUUGAUUCUCAGGAUGAUUAUAUGGAAGCAUUAGCUCGACUUCAUCUUACUGUGACCAGAGCCUAUAAAGUGAAUCCAGAUAUCAACUUUGAAAUCUUUAUCCAUAAAGUGGAUGGUUUAUCUGAUGAUCACAAGAUUGAAACACAAAGAGAUAUUCACCAGAGGGCAAAUGAUGACCUUGCAGAUGCUGGAUUGGAGAAGAUUCACCUCAGCUUUUAUCUGACAAGCAUAUAUGAUCAUUCUAUAUUUGAAGCGUUUAGCAAAGUGGUACAGAAACUGAUUCCACAGCUCCCAACACUGGAAAACCUGCUUAACAUCUUUAUUUCAAAUUCUGGGAUUGAAAAAGCAUUUUUAUUUGAUGUAGUCAGUAAGAUCUAUAUUGCAACGGACAGUACUCCAGUGGAUAUGCAAACUUACGAGCUCUGCUGUGAUAUGAUAGAUGUUGUGAUUGACAUUUCUUGUAUAUAUGGGCUUAAAGACGAUGGCACUGGAACUCCUUAUGACAAAGAAUCAAUGGCAAUCAUAAAACUGAACAAUACAACUGUCCUUUAUUUAAAAGAGGUGACAAAAUUCCUUGCUCUUGUUUGUUUUGUCAGAGAAGAAAGCUUUGAGAGAAAAGGAUUAAUAGACUACAAUUUCCAUUGUUUCCGAAAAGCCAUACAAGAAGUAUUUGAAGUGAGAAUGAAAGUAGUAAGAUCUCGAAAACAUCAAAGCCACAUGCAAAAAAAUAAAAGACCCACUCCCAAUGGAACACCAAGAAUGCCACUGUAACUGAGGUUGUCUGGCAAUGUGGCAAGCGAAGUUUUUGUGAAGUUGAUGUGACUUCAGCAUCUCAUUGCACUGAGUGAGGAGGAAAACAAAUGGGACUGAUGUAUUAUAUGAAUUUCCCUGAACGUUCAGAAAGCACUGUUUAAAUAUUUUUAUCCAAUCAGUUUUUUUCAUAUAGUGAGCACUUUGAGCAAAAUGUUGUAUAUAUAAGCAUUGAGGUGAACACUUGUAAGAAUUUUCUUAAUAUAUGCUGUAAACCUUUUUCAUGCCAUAUUAAGAAAAAGCAGCUGUGACAGAAAUACUGGGUACAUAAUUUGCACUUUUUCAUGUUUUCCUUGUGGAGUUGGACUUUGAUAAACUUAGUUUUUAUGGUGAUUUUGAUGCAUGGUGUCAGGUAAAGUGUAUGCUGUAGUUUAUUUACCUGCUACAAUCAAAUUGGUUAGUAAACAAUUAAGAAAACUUGGUACAAUGCCUUUUAAAAUUUGUGACAGCUAAUACCUAACAUUCAUACAGAUCUAAUUUCGUAUAUUUUUCAAUUUGUAAACUGAAGAAUAAUUUUGAAGUAUUACAGCAAUAAGCACCUUACCAGGGAUCAUAACUGGUAGGUAAAUAUUAGCUUUUAUAAAACAGGCUUUUGGCCAGAUUUCAUCUGGAGUUCUCCAUAACACUGGUCAUACCCUCUGUUGGGUCUGUUUUUAUUAUUUACCUCAGCAUAUACCACUAAAAUACCUUUCUAUAAAGAUAAUUGUUUUGUAAAAUGGCUCUAUGUUGCACUGGUAUUUUUAUAAGGCUUCAGAGGAGGGUGUGUUACCCAAAAGGUUGAAUUUACAUUGCUAAGGUUUUUUUUGAGAGCCUGCGCAUCUACAGUUGGCACAGUGAAGAAUCUGUAUGUAUUUCCAUCCUGAUGUUCUGGUGUACUGAUAGGAAGUCCUAAAGAUGUGAGCGUUGGGUUGUGAUUCCCUCUAAUAGGGGUACGUCUGGGAUUGAAAUCAAGAAGAGACCAUUAAAAUGAGGACUGGACAAUUUACCUGCUGUGGUAAUCAGCGUACAUCGCUAAUUUUUAUUUUAAUAUUGAACAUGAGCAGACUUACCACAGGAUCAACCAGGACAGCAGAGCACUCUCAAACCUAAAAAGAAGUAAAACUUAGUUUUUGAGUUCUGUAUUCACUGUUUUUGUUUAAUUAAUGAUACAAAAUUAUAGUUUCUAGUCAGAAGAGAAACUUUUUUCCCAGUCCUGAUGCAAUUCAAUUGCAUGCAUAGUCCAGUGGUGUUGUCGGCAGCUCUUGGGAGUAGGAAGAGCUUGACGUCAAUGGGGGAGGCAGCUUGCUGUACAGCAGAAACAGGUAAGGGGAGCUGUACCUCACUCAUUCAUAACUAAUCUGUCCCUAGCUGAGAGCGCUCUGGAGACAGACAGGAAGAUGGAAUUUUAAAGUCUUCUUUUAGCCAAGGUAAGGCAUAAUGCUGCAUGUGUAUCAGUGUGUUAAGAGCACCCACUGUUUAUUGGCUUCUGUUUAACAAAGAGGGGUUUAAAGUCUAAAUUCAGUUGUGGUUUGAAUGCAGAUGCAGAGUUUCUAUAUAUAUGCUCUAUAUUGACAUAUCUUGAAUCUUGAGUAAUUUACUGAAUAUGUGAGCUGGGAGAGCCAGUUGGCAUGAAUGCAAAGGCUCUCUGCACAAACAUCUGCCAAAAGGGAGACCAGUAGUUUCCAAGCCCUUUACUGCUGCCUGAUGCAUGUGACUUACCAUUUGGGAACAAACUGGCUCUUUUGGCAUGAGUCUAUUGAACAUAGGUGGGGUUCUUAGAAAACGGUGCUAGUCAGUAGAUGGAGCUCAGCUCCUUCAAGACUCACUGGAUAAGUAAUGCAGUUCUAGGUGCUCAGGAAGGUGAGAAACAUUGAGAAUAGCGAAAAGUACUGGUCCUGGUGCUAGCCUGAAGGAUAAUGACAGUAGCUGUAAUCAAAGCAAACACUUCAAAAAUAGAGAGUUGAAAUUCCUUUCAGUACUGUCACGACCUGUCAUCUUAGGUGAGGGCAGCUCUUCUGACCUGUGCCUCAGUUAAAGUAAUGCAAAUCUGUCUUUAGAGUUCACCAAAGCAGUGGUGAGCAACAGCCACCUUUUGACAGCUUUCCAGUCCACAGGACUUUCGUUGAAGGGCUGCCAUGAUUUCUGGCCACACAUUUGUCUUUCACUUGGUUGAGAUCCACCACUGGGUCACAAUCUCUUCAGUCCCUUCACUCCUUCAGGUAUAGGUGACAGUGAGACAAAGCACACCUACCACAUUGAACCAGACACUUUUUUAUAAAUUAAAUAAAGUAUCUCAUCAUACUGGCUAUGGUAUGAAUCAUAACUAAAGAACGUAGUUUCCAUAUAUUUGGCCUGAGUUCUAUGUAGCCAUGCAUACCCUUGUAUUUAGAGACUAUUAACUUAUUUAAUACCAUGAAGUUAGCUCUUGGUAGUCCCCUCCAGAAUUUGUCAUAGACUAUGUUGCAUAGUUUGUCAAAGAUGACUAACAAACAUAUAAAAUUUCUAAUUGCAUGUUAUCAGAGUAAGCAUAAUUUUUAUAAGAUUACUUAUGUUUCAAAUAUGUUUAAUUGUAAAAUUGAAAGAAUGUUACAAAUGUAUUAGUUUUACUGUUUAACUUUGGUAGUUUCAGUUUAGGUGAUGACUCUCAUGUUUCACUUUUGAGUAAUCAUCAUCUAAUCAGUACCUCAGAUUUUUAUGUUCUAGCUAAAGUGAAUGAGCGCUGAGUGAGGCAUGCAAGGUUGGGGUUUUUUAAGAACAUAUUUUUUUAAAAUCUCUUGCUUUUUCUUUUAAAUUUUCUUGAGAUUCUAGUUUUUAUUGUAAAGGGAUGAAAUACCCCAUAUGCUACAAGAGCCAGCUCUGACAAGGCAGCACUGAAUAAUAAAAUUAGAAGCUGUGCAGGAAGUAAUCACUUCCCAAAUAGUGCAGUAUUUCCAAAAUACCUGAUCUGUAAGUCUCUGUUUUUUAUAUCAUUGGAGCUGCCUAGUCAUAGUAGGGACCAUUAUUGAACUAGCCAUGUCUCUUUAAAACACUGGUUUAGAAUAAAACCAAACCAAUUUAGUAUCCUAUAAACACUUUAAAGUCAGAAGCUGAAUAACUGUAAAACAUUGGUUCCAACAACUUGUUGUAGUUGAGGAAAUCUCUGUAAUAAAUUCAGUAUGCAGCAGCUCAGAGUACUUAAUGGAUUCUUCAAAGAGUUAAAGUGCAUCCUUGAGCAUGCACUGGAUCAUGGCUAUUUAAAAUGUUACAGUGCUGGAAUGUCUUUCUAAAAUCCUGUGGUUACAGACAUGCUGUGCAUUAGCAUGGAAGUGGAAUUGGCAGGAGCAAACUACUCUGAUAAAGCAUAAUUCAGAUGCAUCAUUUGAGAUAUCAUGUUUUACGAUGGAACUUUUUUUUUUCCUCACUAAAACAAAAAUUCUGGGGUUUCUUGCAUGUGAAAUUGCACUCCUGUGAUUAAGUUUUAUACUAAGAGAGUUCAUACUGUGAAAGUACUGCAGCAAUUUGUAAAAGAAAUUUUAAAGAACCUACAAACUUUCAAUAUGCAUCAUCAGAUUAAGUUGAAGAAUUAAAGAAAACAACCCUAAACAGGGCAUCAUCACAGUAGCAGCUGUUUGCUUUAAUAGCGUAUUUACUGUCCCUGUCAUUUGCAGCAGUCAUUGCAGAAUAUUUUUUUCUUAAAUUGAAUGUUUUUUUCCAUUUUGCACUGAAUGACGUGCAUAUCGUGAUUUUUGUUGCUGCAGCUUUAUCUCUGUUCUGUUUGAUGGGAAAAUCAGAUCAUUAACACAAACAUUUCUUA